GGGCCGGCAGCGCCAGAGCGGAGAAACAACCGAUCCCGGGCAGGGCAGCGGGAACCCCGAGGAGAGGGGGCUGCGCCCGCGGUGCAAAAGAGCCACGCCUUCGAGCAGCGCUCCCGGCCCGCGCUCCUCAGCUGCUUCCGGCACGCUGAUUGAUCUAAAAGGCCAAAAUCCCUCCCACACUGACGACAGCUUUAAAACUGCGGUGCCAGCGGCCGUGGCGUCCUCUGGACGGCGCCGCAGCGGUGGUGGUGGUACCCGGAGCCCGGCGGCGGCCGCAGCCCAGGGUGCCAGCAGCGCGGCUGCAAAGCUGCUCCCGAGGCCGAGCUCCCAAAGGAUCUGUCAGCACUCCUGAUGCCUCCGUUUCAAGGUGCUGUUUGUUCCUGUCAGAGAGAUUCCGGCUGUGAGCUGGAGGAGAGUGAAUUGUGCUCCAUUCAUGGAGUUGUGAAGGAACUCCUGCAUCCCCAGGAGGGACCAGCAGCCGGGGUUCCACACUCGCCUGGGGCACAAGGAGCCACUUGGCAUCAGCAGGGGGCUGCCACUUGUGAGCUUGCAGUGAGUGAAAAUGUGGAGAAUGGAUUCUGCACCAGGGAUGGGAGUGUGAGGGAGCUCCUGGAUCCCCAGGGCACAUCAGCAACCAGCACUGAACACAAAAGGGGCCUCAGAAGAUUGCUGGGUGAAUGGUUCAGGAGCCAUCCCGUGGGCACGGCGCUGCUGAUUCUGCUGCUCCUGGUGCUGCUGCUGGCUUUGGGGGUGGUCUUGGCUGUGCUGGCAGCAGCAGCAGCACAGGUUCCAGUGACACCUGCCACUCCACAGUGUGUUCUGGGCUGUCCCCCUGGCUGGGUUGGCUACAAUGGGGUCUGCUACUACUUGUCAAGGGAUUACAGCAGCUGGGAGCAGGCCCAGGAACGGUGCUCGGAGCUCGGGGCCUCCCUGGCCAUUCUGAAGGAUGAUGAGGCCAUGGGUUUGCUCUUCCGCCUCCGCGGGAACGGCGAUUACUGGCUCGGGCUGCGCAGACGGGGCGAGCGCCUGCACUGGGGGGACGGCAGCAGCUACAGCUCCCGGGUUCCUGUCCUCGGCAAUUCCGACUGUGUGUACCUGGCUGACGGGGAGAGAUUCAGGAGUGAGUUCUGCUCCAACGAGCGGCCGUAUGUCUGCAGCAAGGCCCAGGCUCCCCUGUAACAGGGGCUGCAGAAAGGACCUUGUCCACGCUGGGCAGUGCCAGCUUCACCUCUCAGCCCAGCCCAGGGCUGUCCUUGCUCAGCUGCACCCUGUGCCUUGCCCUCGCUCUCAGGGUCACCUCAGUGCCUCUUCAUCCAUGCCCAGUGCCAGCGCUGGGCUGGGUGUGCAAAGGAAAAGGCUCUGCAAUCCAUCCUGCCCCCGAUGCUGCCUGGAGUGAGUGCAUCGUUCUUAUGACACAACAAGGUCCAAAGGGAAAUCCAAAUUGCCUUGGAAAUCAUCACAAGGCUCUUGGUAAUCACCACAAACUGGCCUGAAGGUGACACUUUUGGUUGGUCUUUGGAAGAGGAAGAAGAGCAGCUGAUUUGUGCUGAGAAGGAAUCCCACUUUUGACAUCAGGCACCUGACUGUGAAGAAGGGUCUGUCAGCUGCUGGCUCUCUCUCUCUCUCUUUCUCUCAGUCUCACCUUUGGAGGAGGGCGGUCGGAGCUGCUGCUUGGGGAAGGGAAUUCGCUGUGGACUGGGUUUGUGUUCUGUUUGGGGUCCAUGCUGCACUGGUUGGUGUUUUUUUGUUUUGUUGUACAUACUAGUUAAGAACUGUCAUUCCAUUCUCAUAUCUUUCUUUGCUUGAGAACCCCUUAAUUUCUAAAUUAAAAUAACUUGGAGGCAAGGGGUUUACACUUUUUGUUGCUCCUGCAUUCCUUAGCAGAUCCCUGUCUUUACAACCAAAACACCCCCAUCCCUCUGUGCCACUGUGUGGAGAGGAGGAAAGAAGGGAAUCGGGGAUAAAGUGAAGCCCAGGAAGGAGAGAAUAGUGUGGGCAAGGUGCACUUUUAG